CCGCGUCACUCACGUAGACUCGCUCCUCUUGGUCGUGUGUCCGAACCUUUCCUGUCCGCGACGUACGAUCUCUCCUGGCACUAACUUGAGCUUGCCGCGUCCUAGACGCUUUGUAAAGUAAAUAUCUCUUAUCGUUCACAUUUGAGAUUAUUACCACCUUCCUUCCCACUUUCAUAUUACUUUCGACGUUUCUUUAUGACUUUUAUUUUCUUUAAACUUUUAGAUUGUGUCUGAGAAUACUUUUUUGAAAAUUUAAAAGUGACUAAACUGAACUUUGUGAGUGAAGUAAUAUUCGGAUUGUCGGAGAAGUGAAAAGUGAUCCCAGUUACAGGCGGCAGCUUCAAGUCCCGAUCUUAGUUACAUCCAAUAAAUUACGCGACUAACAUCGGAAAACACAUAUUAUUAGAAGAUUAAUUAAAACGCAGAGCAUAUAAGAUUGUAAAAUCUUACCCUGCCUGCACUGCGUGCCAGAGCCCCGUCUCCCAGCCAUUAGAUUGAGUGGAGUGUCCCCUGCCCAUAGCCCUGUACGCAGCCAAAAUUCCGCGAGACUUGGACACCUCCUCCAGCAUGGAACUGGAGAAAGCCCCCACUCUUCAUGAGGAGGACUCAAAAGUUACCCUCACUAUCAGACUGAUUAUGCAGGGGAAGGAAGUUGGCAGUAUUAUUGGAAAGAAGGGGGAAAUUGUCAAAAGAUUCAGAGAGGAGUCGGGUGCGAAAAUCAACAUAUCAGAUGGAUCAUGUCCAGAAAGAAUUGUCACUGUCACGGGGAACACCAGUUCAAUAUUCAAAGCAUUCACACUUAUAUGCAAAAAAUUCGAAGAGUGGUGCUCGCAGUUCAAUGAGGGCGGUGGCGGAUCUCGGGCUCCGAUCACAUUACGGCUUAUCGUGCCAGCAUCACAAUGUGGUUCACUCAUCGGCAAAGGCGGUUCUAAGAUCAAGGAGAUCAGAGAUGUUACCGGCGCGAACAUACAGGUGGCAAGUGAGAUGUUACCGAACUCAACGGAGCGUGCGGUCACCAUCAGUGGUACAUGUGAUGCGAUCACACAAUGCAUCUAUCACAUCUGCUGUGUAAUGCUAGAGAGUCCUCCAAAAGGCGCGACAAUCCCAUACAGGCCGAAGCCCAAUGUAGCAGGUCCAGUGAUACUGGCCGGUGGACAAGCUUACACCAUACAAGGAAACUAUGCUGUGCCAGCACAAGAUGCGGUGUGCGCGCCGGUGUUCCCGAUGCUCGAGAUGAAGCCGCCGCUAGUGGGAGCCUUGCCGCCGGCUCACCUCCUGCCGCCGCUGGACCACCACCUCAUGGGCGGUUUGGCUAAAUCACCACUGGCCGGCUUAGCAGCCCUAGGUCUCGGCGGACUGGGACCCGCUAACACUGGCGGACUUAACCCAGCUGCGCUAGCAGCGCUGGCCGGUUCUCAGUUGAGGUCGUCUAACACUGGUCGCAACCAACCGGCGACCAACCAACAGUCACACGAGAUGACCGUGCCCAAUGAACUUAUCGGAUGCAUUAUUGGAAAGGGAGGCACCAAAAUAGCAGAGAUCCGUCAAAUAUCCGGCGCCAUGAUCCGGAUAUCGAACUGCGAGGAGCGCGAGGGAGGCAGCACGGACCGCACAAUCACCAUAUCAGGCAACCCGGACUCCGUGGCGUUGGCGCAAUACCUCAUCAACAUGAGUGUGGAGCUGCAGAAGGCGAAUCUGGAGGGUGGCGGGUCAGGGGGGCCCCUCGCGUCCGCUAUCCCGCUGGCGCAGUUGCUCAGCAAGAGCGGGGCCCUGGGGGCCCUCGGCUCGCUGUCCGCGCUCGGGGGCCUCACGGACCUCCUGGCGGGGGGGCCCGUGCAAACGACCGGGGUACACCGCCCGCACAAGCUCACACGUCGCGACGACGACGCCAAAGGAUCCAAGGAUAGAAACAAAUAUAGUCCCUACUAACUCACAGACAAACCUGACGCGUCCCUCAAUCUUGAUAAUAGACAAUAUAAAAAAUGUUAUGCCAGAAAUACACCGGUCUGUUGUAGCUGUUAACGGUUCAAAUAUCCUUACGUAAGUUAUUAUCGAUUAUGUAUAUAACAUACGACAAUACAGAACUAAAUUAAUAUUUGAAGCGAGGAGCUUCUAUUGAAAAACACGUUACGACAGGCAAGUGUGACUCUGUCUUAAUAGUUUUUUUACUAUGAAAUCGACUGUUGUAUUAAUAUAACAGUGUGAUAUAGGUCAUAAGACGCGGGGACGCGACAUACCUCUAGUUGUAGUGUUAAUGAAUUUUUUUAUACCCGAUUAAUGAGCUCAAUGAUUGUUAUAAGUCCACCCUCAACCCGACACAUCCAAAGAAGGUCGAUAUCGGUUCUUUUCUUUAUCCAGUUCCCGUCGUUCAAGUAUAAAGAAAUCCCAUAUAACAUUUCUUUAAAUAAUUCUCAUUAACUAAUCAAAGUGUUAAACUUACCGUUCUGGUAUAAUUUUCUAUAACACGUCAUUCCGAGCGACGGGAAUCCCCCCCCAUAUUUUGUCCCGUUUCCAAAGACUGCCGAUGUCGACUCGAGAUAAAGACUCGUCGAUUCGUCUCUUAACUUUAGUUUUAGACUCACUGUCGUUACAUUUGUGACUCUUAAUAUAAUUUUUUAAAAUAAUAAUCGUUUAUUCGCGUAUUUUAGAAACAUAUUUAUUUAAUACGACCUCCAUAGUGUUUUACGUGUGUGUAGACUGCGGACGUCGUUCGGAAAUUUUAAAGACUUAAACGUCUAUAGGACGUUGGUCGGGGAGAUAUUGAGAUUGUAAUACGAAAUUAAAUUUAUCUAAAUAAGAUAAUUUUAACAAACAAAUAUUUAUUAUACAAUUGAAUCAUAACGAUAUAAUAUUAAUAUAAUUAUUGUAUUAAAAUCUCCGUAUCUUCAGCGACUGUCUAGAUAUUCGUGUUUAUUACUAAGUCACUUUUCUUUAGCGUUUUUUUUUUCUUCUUUUUUUAAUAUAAUUUCUGUUAACAGACAAACAAAAAUGAUUUAAUGACGAAGGAUAAUGUUAUCAUCAAUCAGAUUACUAUAUAUAUUGAUAAAAUAGACAUCUAAAGAUAUCUAGGAAUGUGACAAUAGUAGAAGUAACGUAAGAGGCUUAGCUGUAGACUAUACAGAGUGCUUCGCGUUUAUUGAGUGGGUGAUUGUUAACGAGCUACAGGGUGUUCUAGCUUCGACCUUGAGCCAUACAUCAACACAUAAUAUGACUAUAAAAUCUUGUGAUCAUUAUCAAAAACGGUACACACUUGAUGUAUGGUCCGAUGGCGUGAGAUGAGUUUAUACUCUGUAUAUUUUUUUAAUCACGUAGAGGACGUAAAGUGCGAACACUUGAAGGUGUUUGAAACAAUGUUUAUUUAAAAAAAAAAUCUCAUUCGUUUAUAUUUUUCAGUCUUGAGGUUUAUAUAUUUAUUGGCUAAUUAGUAUGGGAAUGUGAUGGCUGUUGGAGUGCUAGUGUUAGCUGCGGGUAGUUUUAUAGUGAGUGUAAGGUAAUUUAAAUCUCCCAAUUUCGCUGUUCACAGCGAAUACAAUCGCGGUCCAAUUCGAAUGUUUUAAAAUGUUAGAUGUAGUCCCGUGUGGUACUCGGAUUGUUUGCCUGUCGACAUAAUGUUUGUAAUUUAAAAACAAAAAUCAUGUUAAAUUUAAGAUAAUUAAAAUGAUUUCUUUCCAGGAAUAUUCGCUAGUAUUGUUAAGAAAAAGUGUUAAGAACAUAUACUUAAUAAAAAUCAUAAUGUAAUCACGUGCCUUUCCUUUCCCCGUACUGUUGUUUUAUUAUGCAGAUUAUGUAAUAUGAAAUAAAACCCACGCCAUAAUCCUGUUAAUACAAUCCUGUGUUACCUGUCGCCGAGUCCACCGAGUACCUUCAUCCUACGCUAACUGGAUACCGUUUCCCGGUAAGAUGUUUCAUUUCCCUACAUUAUAUAUUAUCAAUGGACCAGCAUCCUAACAUCCAUAUCCGAUAACCAUACAUAUGUUUGUGUGUACACUGUGAUCGGACGUGAUAUAGGCUGGUUGUGGUUGCAGGAUUUCUAUGGAGACAGCCGGGUUGCCGCUGCCCGGUUACCACUACAUCGCACCCAACCACAUCGUGAAGGCACCCAUACAUUGAAUGGGGUUCCGUAGUCAGGGUCCCGUAGCAAACCACGACCGCAUCUUCAUCACGCAACGCUACGGGCACCUGACUCCGUUAUAUAUAUUAAAAUGAACAUUAAACGACCAACCCAAUAUAAGCUGACUGCGUUAGCUUGAUGUAUGUUUACAUUUGUUACGAGUUUAUAAGUAUUUUAGAUAUUCUUAUAUUUAUUCUCGACUAUAUGACGUUGGAGUGCUCUACAGUCGGGGCGAUUAGAAUUCGGCACUUAAGAAUACGAUGGACUGAAUGUUUUGAUUAUUUAUUCGGUACGUGGGAAGUGAUCGCAGUACGAUCUAUAUAUACAUAGCACAUACAUAUAAUAAUUGUUUUACUGUUCAGGGAAUAAGAUUUCCGACGUCGUGUUUGAAUAAAAUGAUCGAAUUUACUAUGGAUUUAAGCGGUCAAAUGGCUACGUUCGUUCUAUUUUGUUUGAUGUGAUCGAUCGGUGACAAAUCCAUGACGUGAAGGAUGUGAGGGUAGUCGGCGUACGUUAGACUUAGGUGCGUUAUAGAUCUGGGAAUCGCUGGCGUAGUUUAGAGUUAGCUUAUAGAACAGAGUGAGAGGGUUAAAGACAAUAUUUGUAAAUAACAUUAAAGUAAUUACCUUGCAAAAAAAAUUAGGUGUUACAGUAAGCAGCUUACAGUCUAAACACUAAUGGCGGUCUCGUUAACGGUAGCCGGUUUAGAAAUCGGAUAGCGCACGGAGUCGUCAUUGGUUCGAGACUUGUAAUACAAAGUCGAUUGACGCGAACGUUUUUCGACACGAAACCGAUGGGAUCAAAUCCUUUAAGAAAUACUAACAUUAACAGAGGAACGGCGACGAACUGAUGCAUUCAGUAUAUUAUAUUUUAAAAUCGUCUAUGAUCACAAAUAGAAAGAAAAGACGUUAGAUUUAAAUGAAAAAAAAAAUAGUGUUAUAAAUGUGAUAGUCUUCUAAUUUAUUUAACAUUUAAUGAAUUUUAACAUUAUGACACGAUGUACCGACAAGGACGGCGUUCAUCAAUUGGUCCAGGGAUCAAAAAACCAAAGAUUGUUGAAUUUGUUUUUAACAUUAUCGAUGUUGUGGCGUUGUGCUAAAUUAUUCGGGGAAAUAGUUGACUUUCUGUGGACAUUUGUUUUAUAUAUAUUUUUAUUACCCUCUCCAGACUGCUCGUAUUGUUAGAUUUAGAUCGAGAUUUAGAUUGUCGGUAAGGAAAAAAAAAUUAUAAAAGUUAAAAAAAAAAUGUAUAGGGUAAACGUAGGUGUUAAGGUAAAUAUAGGACCAGUGUAAAAUGCUUUCCAAUGAAGCGUUUUUGAUCAUUAAGAUGUGAGGAGGAGCCUAGUGCCACUUAUGAUUUGUGCCAAAAUAAAUCGAUGCCAAUAAUUGCAGGUUUAAUAUUUAUAUUAUAUUUUAAAUAUCUUCUACGAGCUCUAAUGCAGUUAAUUCGCCCCCGUAGUUUAAGAUAUUAUAAUAAUCGGGAACUUUCUAACAUAUCCUCGUAACAAUAUAUACCCUAAGUCUUCCCUUUUCAGUAUUCCGUAAAUAAUAUUAAAUGUUUGUGCCAAAUACGAUUUGUCUGUCUUUGUUUGUGGCUGUCUUAAAAUAUUGAUAGUUCUAUAUCGUAUAUUUAGUGCUAGUCAAAUUGGUCUGAAAAUAUAAAAGACAAAAUGUUAUUUAUAAAAAAAAAAUACUCUAGUCAAAAUUUUUAUUUCGAUUCGUAAACACUCUUUUUUUUAUUAUUAUUAUUAUAAUUUUGAUAUAUUUUAUAAUAAAAAUUCGCGAUACACUCGCACGCUCUCACUUUGAUGUAUUUUAUCUUAGUAAGUAAACGGAAAAUGAUAACUCAAUUAUUUAUAAAAAAAAAAUAUAUACAAGUAAGAAAAAAAAUGUAUAGAGCUUUUUAAAUUUAAGUGACACGCAGAUGGUUUAGAGUAAAAUCUGUACAAUCAACACUAACAUAGGGUCUGUUGGUUUGGAAGGAAAGUUAUUCUAUAGCUGUGAUGGGCACUUUUGUGCCAAAGCUAUGUCAGUUUAAACUGAGGUUUGGUACGAAUAGUUUUAGCGUACACGCUUGUAGUAUUCGCUACUAGAAUACAAGUUGGAAAGAGCAGGGAACUUCAUUUAUAAUAGCUUGCUGACAUUAUAUAAUUUCACAAUAUAUUCGGUGUUAUGUAUUUAGUACAAUUUCAAUGAGUGUACUGUCAAAGUAUUCCUCUUUGCGUAACUGAAAUCUAACUAUUACUUAGGUAUUACUUGUUACUGUUAUUUUAAUUUGCUCAAUUAUUUAAGCUAGAUCUGAUUAUCGUGUUUCUGUUGAUACGUUGAUUAUAUGAAGGGCUACUUGUUUAAUUUGUGUGUUAGAAUGUUUAACAUUUAUAUGAGACUCGGAUCUGAUGCUGUCUCUGGAAAUGCAAUUAAUAUAUAAUUUAAUUAAUCUUUCCUUUAUGUAUCCGUUAUACGAAGCGUACUAACUGUGCCUUUUUGUUUAUUCGCUUACGUAUAUUACUUAUUAUUAGCCUUAUAGACAGGGUCAGACUGCGCUGUAAAAUAGUUAAAUAAUGUAAAAAAAAAUAAAAAAUAAAAUAAUAAUAAUGGAAUAACAAUUCUAGCAAAUAUUUACUUAAUGUAAUAGUAAAUUUUUAUUCGUGUUGGCACCUGAAUUUUUAAUUGUUACUGCACCAUUUUGAAAAUACAUCUUUUUAAAUAUAUAUAUAUGAUUGAAAACAGGUGGUGAUUUAAAAAAAAAAAUUUCGAUUCGUUGGCGCGUGUAACUAAAACUCGGGCAGAUAUUUUUAAACGGUUGUGUAGUUUGUUGUGCUUAUACAGUAUAGUUGAUCGUAUGGUGAAACAGAACAAUUGAAUUCUUACAAUAUUGUAGACGACAGGGUAAAAUCAUUCGGCACCUGGACUUUAAUGAGGACUUUUAACACGUCACUAGCAGUCACAUCAGAAUAUACUUCACAGAGUAUGAUACGUCAGCUUAGCUACUUGCGUGUGUAUCAAUUUUUUUCAGCAAUAAUUUAUAUAUACAUACAAAUAUAUAUGUAAUUUGGACUGAAUAUAAUUAAGAUCGAUGAUAAAAACCACAAUAUAAAUAUAUAAAUCAGUCUGUCAAUAAAAAUAAGCAUUUAAAUUGUAUAAUUUUUGUAUAAUAAUCAUUAAUAUUGCGAUUUAAAAAAAAAAUGUGAGCAAAACUGUUUUAUAAUAAAUGUAAUAUCAUUCGAUGUAAAUGGUGUUCAAAAUCUAUGAAUUGAAUCAUUCACUCACCAGUAGACGGGUUCUGUCUUCAUAUAUAAUUUGAAUGUAUUAUAGCAAUAAUUAUGAAUGAUAAAAUUAUUUUAAUAAGAGUCCACAAUCCAGAGCUCUCGUUAAAGUGGACGGUUCUUUAGAUAUUACUAAUAUAUGGAUGUUUUGUAUCGUCUCGUAAUUUGUGAACGACAGAGCCACUGUAGUCAUUUUAAUUUCUUCGACUACUAGAUGGAACUAGAUAGUAACACGUAGUACAUUUAGAUAUCUCACUUAUCGUAUAUUUUAAAUAUCAAUUGUAAUUCUAAACAUAUCUAAUCGUUUUUUGUGGAAAAUUGAUCAAUGUUAAAAUAAAUGUUGUACGUACGGUAAAUAUUAUACUGUCUUGAUUAGUUACAAUAUUAUUAAUGUUUGUUUUCAUUAUGUUUAUUCAAUAAAGUGUGUAAAUAAA